CUUGAAUCGGAAAAAGAAGAGCCUAAGAACCUGUUAUGAUAUAUUGAUAACCAGCUUGGCAAUCGCUGAUAUGCUCACGGGUCUGUUUAUAAUAGUCACACCCAACUACGUCAUAAGCAUGUCUAUGUACUCAGUACCAGAGGGCAUAGCCGGUGAGGUAUUUUGUCGAAUCAUAUUUUCUAAAUUCUUUAUUUUUACCUUUGGAAAAGGAUCGGUGCUUACUAUCACGUGGCUCGCCGUCGAGAGAUGGUUCGUCUUAUUAAAACCAUUACACUAUCAAAAGACCUUUGCUCAGCGGAAACUCGUCAAAUACAUUGGUUGUAUCUGGUUUGGCUGCGCUUGCCUGCAGAGUUAUAAGCUAUUCUACGUAAAGUACUUCCAACGUUCAUGUUUUUUCAUUUCUUUGCCUCUCGCAAAGAGUCAGGAGACUGCUCUGAUAAUAAUUUACGUGUCUCUCACGUUCUUCCUUCCGACUCUUAUCACAUGGGCCGCCUUUCUUCAUAUAUUUUUUGAAAUAAAGAAGUCUAACGCUCUCAAAGAAAAUCGAGGAAAAAUAAACAAACGUCGGUUACUUAGGAUGUGUGCCAUUAUGUCUCUAAUGCUGACAGUUUGUUGGUUUCCAACAGAAAUUUGCUAUUUGAUAAACCAGUACGGAUUUCCUAUUCUAAACUUUGGUACUCCUUUUCGCGAGUUUACAGUAGCGCUUGCUCUGGCAAAUUCAUCUUUGAAUCCUUGGAUCUACGUUAUGUCUAACAGAAAAUACAGACGAGCAGUAAUGACAUUCUUUGCUCCAUGUUAGCAAGAUAACAGUCACAUAUGAUA